AUGGAGUUCCUCACUCUCGUCGGUGCUGAGGCCUACACCCCGAAGCAGGCCGAAGAACUCAAGACGCGCAUCAACAAGCACGCCAAUGUCUCCAACAAGGUCGCCCACGUCGAGGGCAUUUGGAUGUACUACGUCCACCUGAAGAACAGCGACAACAACCUCAUUGUCCAGCAGAAGUUGACGAAAUGGCUUGGUCUUCCCGACCAGACCAAUGCCCAGAUUGCAGCCAACACUGAUACUUCAAAGACUUACUACAUUACCCCGCGGAACAUCUCGCCGUGGUCGUCCAAGGGCACUUCCAUCACUCACGUCUGUGGCCUGGCGGACCACAUUGACCGCAUCGAGCGCGGCAGGGCCAUCACCAUCACCUUUGAGCAGCCCGUCUCUGAAGAUGACAUCGCUUUCAAGGACGUUGUCUACGACCGCAUGACAGAGACCAUUGGCCUGUCCCGUCCCGACCUUGCUGCCAUGUUCAUUGAGGGCCAGAGAUACCCUCUGGAAAUCGUCGACAUCUUUGGCGGUGAUGCUAACCCCGUCGAUACCCUCAAGGCUUACAACAAGCAGUUUGGCCUCGCAAUGGACGAGUCUGAGAUUGAGUAUCUCGUCGAGGUCUUCAAGCGUCUGGGCCGGAACCCCCACGAUGUGGAGCUUUUCAUGUUCGCCCAGGUCAACUCGGAGCACUGCCGCCACAAGCAGUUCAACGCCAACUGGACCAUUGACCAGGUCCAGAUGGGAGAGUCUCUCUUUGGCAUGAUCAGGAACACCCACAAGUCCAACCCCAAGUAUACCGUCUCCGCCUACAGCGACAAUGCCGCCGUCCUUGAGGGCGAGACCGCCAGCUUCUGGGCCCCUGACUACUCUACUGGUAGCUGGAAGCUCACCAAGGAGGUGGUGCACGUCUUGGUCAAGGUCGAGACUCACAACCACCCUACCGCCAUCUCCCCUUUCCCCGGUGCUGCCACAGGCGCUGGAGGUGAGAUCCGUGACGAGGGUGCUGUUGGUCGUGGCUCUGCCCCCAAGGCUGGUCUCUGCGGUUUCUGGGUCUCUGAUCUUUUGAUUCCCGACGAGAGCGCCCCUUGGGAGGUCGACUUGGGCAAGCCUGCCCACUUCGCCAGCAGUCUUGACAUCAUGCUCGAGGCUCCUAUCGGCAGUGCUCGCUUCAACAACGAGUUCGGACGACCUUGCUUGCUUGGUUGCUUCCGUACUCUCCUCACCAAUGUCGGCAAGGAGGACUCUCCUGAGUGGCGUGGCUACCACAAGCCUAUCAUGAUCGCCGGAGGUGUCGGAACUGUCCGCCCCCAGCACGCCUUGAAGGAGCUCGGCGACGUUCACGACGGUGCCCACGCCAUCGUUCUCGGUGGUCCUGCCAUGCUGAUCGGUCUUGGUGGAGGUGCCGCUUCGUCCAGCGCCUCCAACGAGGACAGCGCCGAACUGGAUUUUGCCAGUGUCCAACGUGGCAACCCCGAGAUGGAGAGAAGAGCUCAGAUGGUCAUUGACACCUGCGCCGCUCUCGGCGAGCAGAACCCCAUCGCCAUGAUUCACGACGUCGGCGCCGGUGGCCUGUCAAACGCCCUCCCUGAGCUGGUCAAGGACGCAGGAUUCGGCGGCAAGUUUGAGCUUCGUCAAGUACACAGCGCAGACAACAGCCUGAGUCCCCUCCAGAUCUGGUGUAACGAGGCUCAGGAGCGUUACGUUUUGCUUGUCAACAAGGAGAACAUCAACCGCUUCGUCAGCAUCUGCCGCCGUGAGGGCUGCCCCUUUUCCGAUGUUGGAACUGUAGUGGCCAAGGAUGCCGAGGGUAACGCCAAGCUGACCCUCAGCGACCGCGAAUCUCCCGACCACCCUAUGCCUAUCGACCUGCCCUUCAACGCCCUCUUCCCUCCUGGCCGCCGUCUCGAGCGUGUCGUCGAGUCCCGCAGACUCGAACUGCCGACGUUCAACGCCGCUUCCGCCCUCAAGGCAGCUAUCAGUGGCGAUGCCACCGAUGCCGCCCUCAUCACCGCUGCCACCGAGCGUGUCUUCCGCAUGCCUGCUGUUGGCUCCAAGUCCUUCCUCAUCACCAUUGGCGACAGGACAGUCGGCGGUCUUUCUAUCCGUGACCAGAUGGUUGGCCCCUGGCAGACGCCCGUCGCCGACUGCGCCGUCACCGCGACCUCCUUCAGCCUGGGCUCCAACACCCGUACUGGUGAGGUCAUGGCCAUGGGCGAGAAGCCUCAGCUGGCCCUCAUUUCUCCCGCCGCUUCAGCCCGCAUGGCCGUUGCAGAGAGUUUGCUCAACCUGGGAGCCGCCGACAUCCUCGGUACGCUUGACCGCGUGAAGCUGUCCGCCAACUGGAUGGCCGCUGUCAACCACCCAGGUGAGGGUGCCGGUCUCUACGAGGCCGUCAAGGCCAUCGGCAUGGAGCUCUGUCCUCAACUGAAGAUCUCUAUCCCCGUCGGUAAGGACUCUACCUCUAUGAAGGCUUCUUGGAAGGACCGUGAGUCUGGCGAGGCCAAGAGUGUUAUCGCUCCCAUGUCCGUUAUCAUCACAGCCGUAACCAUCGUGGAGGAUGUACGAAACACAUGGACACCCCAGCUCCGUCGUGUCGAGGACGUCGGCGAGACGAUCCUCAUGUACGUCGACCUGGCUGAGGGUAAGAAGGCCAUGGGCGGCUCCGCUCUGGCGCAAUCACUGGGUCAAAUCGGCAACGAGGCUCCCGACGUGCGCAACGUGGAUCUUAUUACGGACUACUUCGACGCUCUCCAGCAACUCCACAAGAGCGGCGUCGUUCUCGCCUACCACGACGUCUCUGACGGUGGUCUGAUGACCACCAUCGCCGAGAUGAUGUUCGCCGGUCGCUGCGGCGUUGAUGUCAUGCUCGACAACAUCGCCAAGUCUGGCUCUGUCUCCGACAUUCUCGAGUCCCUCUUCCACGAGGAGCUCGGCGCCGUGUUCCAGGUCCGCAAGGAGGACGAGACCAACUUCAAGCGCUGCUUCGCCACCUGCGGUCCUCCCCCCGGCCUUAUUCGCAAGUUCGGUGUCGUCAAGCGCAAGUCCGACCAGUCGCUCACGGUUCGUUACGGAGGAGUCGCCCCUAUCGUCAGCUUGGAUCGCGCCCAGAUGCAACAGUGGUGGUCGAGGACGUCGUACGCCAUGCAGAAGGAGCGCGACGACCCGACCUGCGCGGACAGCGAGUACGCCACCAUCUCCGACUCAACGGACCCGGGUCUGUCGUACAACCUCACCUACAAGCCCUCCGAGACCAUCAUGCCCCUGACGGCCACACUCGGUAGCCUCGUCCGCAAGACACCCCGCGUCGCCAUCCUCCGCGAGGUCGGCGUCAACAGCCACAAGGAGAUGGCCUUCGCCUUCAAGGCCGCCGGCUUCGACCCCGUCGACGUUCACAUGUCCGACAUCCUCUCGGGCGGAUCGCUCACGGACUUCGUGGGAGUCGCGGCGGGAGGCGGUUUCUCGUACGGUGACGUAUUCGGCGCCGGCGUGGGUUGGGCGCAGUCCAUCCUCGAGCACAAGCACGCCCGCCAGGAGUUUGAGAACUUCUUCAAGCGCCCCGACACCUUCGCCCUCGGCGUCUGCAACGGCUGCCAGAUGAUUACCCGCCUCAAGGAGCUCAUCCCCGGCACCGAGAGCUGGCCCACCUUCGUCGAGAACGCCAGCAGGCAGUUCGAGGGCCGCUUCACCAUGGUCAAGAUCGACGAGUCCAAGGCCGCCACCCCCUCCGUCUUCCUCCACGGCAUGAACGGCUCCUCCCUUCCCAUCGCCGUCUCCCACGGCGAGGGCCGCGCCUCCUUCUCCUCCCCCAACGCCCUCGACGACCUCACCGCCGACGGCAUGGCGCCCCUCAGGUACGUCGACAACCGCCUCCAGGUCGCGGGGCCGGAAAGCUACCCGUACAACCCGAACGGCAGCCCUGGCGGCGUGGCUGGCGUCAGGAGCAGGGACGGCAGGGUCUUCGCCCUCAUGCCCCAUCCCGAGCGUACCAUCAUGGCCGACGUCGGCAGCUACGUGCCCCCCGAGCAGGUCGAGGCCUGGGGCGAAUUCGGUCCGUGGAUCAGGAUGUUCAGGAGCGCCAGACGCUGGGUGGGCUGA